CGUGACGGCGACAGAAGCAGAGCAUCCGUAGUCAGAAUGAGCGUUUUUCAUCGUUCGACGCCGUUGAUGUCAGGUGAAUCUUCAUCUUCAUCGUCCAGGCGAACAAAUGAACAUCCAAAAGGCUGUUUGUCUCCUCCUCUGUCUCUGUCUUCUCCCUUGAUCAAAAAGAAAGCCAUUCAAAUCCCAUCGUUUGACAAGAAGGGGCUCAUCUUUGAAAAAUGCACCAAACUGCCAACAGCUGACAGAUCAUUUGAUUUAAUUCCAUCCAAUGCAUCUGAUCACCUGUUUUGGAGUAAAACAUAUCAGAGAAACCAGGGAGARAAAGCUUCAACCCUUCCAAAGAUGAAACCAAAAGCACAUAGCUCUAAGAUUUUCUCYGAGAAGCCCGACAUCCGCAUUUCUCCUGCUUCUCAGCCAAACACUCCUCCCACAUGUUUCACUGCCAAGCCAAAGCCAAGCGACUCUCCUCUUCUUCCCGCCUCACAGCUCAGUGAUUUUUACCCACUACAGCACCAGCCAAGACAGAGUGUGUCUCCAACCCUGAUCGUCCCAACACCCAGACUCAGCCCAUCUCCAACAUCCCAGCGUCGAGAAAACGGCCCGAACAUCCAACAGGAGCGGCAUCCCUCUCCUGUUGCCAAAGACAGACGAGCUAGAUCAAUUCCCAUCUCCAACUCCAAAGUAGCUCAAAAUGAAGCGAAGCAUGAAAUUCUUGACCAAAGCACUUUGCUGGAUUUUACUCAUUCAAGACGACAGUCUCGACUUCAGACUGAAUCCAACAAGUUACCAGAAACGCCCCAGAAUUUUAACUUAYGGCACCAUGAAGUUGGAACAGACAUGAAUGAAAAUGCCGCAAAAGAUCAACCAAAGUAUCCAAACAGAAACCUAAAUGUUGAUUCUGUGUCUAAACCAAAGCUGCAGCAAGAGUGUCAACUAGAAGUGACAGAAUAUAAAAAACAAUCCUACGCUCAAACAAGGAGUCUGAAUCCAAGAGGUAUUUUCGAGAGCCUGGACCACAACCAGGUGCCGACAAAACUACCCGAAUGUCUCCAGCCCCCAGCCAUGGCCCCCUGCCCACCCAGCAGCUCAACGGGAGCUUUUGACCUGCUGCAGCAAAGAGUUUACCAGACAUCAGGAGAGGCGACGGGACAAGCUCGUCACCAAACACACGGGCUGAAAUACUCUGUUUCACACAAACAAUUCAUCACGGAGGAGCUCGAAGACCCUUAUUAUGUCACCAUGUACUACCCAGAUUCUGUGUAUGUGGGUGGGGUGUGGGAGCUCAGACCCAACGAGGGGCUUGUUAAAGAGGAUACUACUCUCCUUAUCAGCAGAGCAACAGACACACUGAAGCGAGAUGUUGACAGCGUUGGUUAG